AUGUGUCGCUUCGUGAUUUACAAGGGUACCUCGCCAGUACAGUUGUCCCACCUGUUGACUCGGCCAUGUCAUUCAAUCAUCAACCAGGCCUUCGACUCUCGCCUGCGCCUCGAUAGACGGAGACCUAUGAAUGGGGACGGUUUCGGCGUCGGUUGGUAUGAUUCUGUAUACGACGAGGAGCUCGGAAGCCAGCCUUGCAUAUUUACUUCCGUCACCCCAGCAUGGAACAAUGUCAAUCUCACUCGACUGGCUGAAAAGAUCAAGUCUCCCUUAGUUUUUGGCCAUGUACGAGCAACGACUGCUGGAUCUCUUUCGCUGGAUAAUUGCCACCCCUUUGUGCAUGGAAAGCUCAUGUUCAUGCACAACGGAGGCAUCGCCGAAUUCCCGGUGCUUAAACGUCGGCUACAGAAAGAUCUCCCAGAUGUCGCUUUCGAUAUGGUGCAGGGUAAUACGGAUUCAGAAUGGGCGUUCGCGCUGUUUUUAUCAAAGCUCCCGGACCCUAAUGCACGGUCGUUCACUUCCGAAACAUUGCGUAAAGCUAUGACCGAUACGAUUGCAUCGCUGAACCAAUACGCCGAAGAAUUCAACAUCACCGAGCCUAGCCUUAUGAACUUCUGUGUAACUGAUGGAGAAACGGUUGUUGUGACGCGGUAUAUCUCGUCAAAGACGGAGGAAGCUGCUUCUUUGUGGUUUUCGUCAGGGACCGAAUUUAGCGAAUACGCUGAGGGAGGUCACUACAAGAUGUCAAAAGCAGAUAAGAGGGAAAAUAUCAUUAUGGUUGCUAGUGAGCCACUCACUUUCGAGAGAGCGGAUUGGAUGGAGAUCAAGACAAACCACAUGGUGGUUAUCACGCCUAAGAUGAACCUCUUGCAAAUCCCUAUCAAGGACAAAUUCUACGUGCCUCCCUCGGAUCCUGCUGCUGCGAAACGGAAGACUGAGUUUGCGCAUGAGAAAGGCUUCUUGAAUCUCAGAGAACCAAUAUCUGACAAGCCUCUCAAAAGUGCAAGGCGUCAUACCCUGACUCACUGA